CUUGCGCGUGUGCUUGCGCCAUUUCCUGCAUCCUGGCGCGCCUCCUCCCUCCCCACCUCCCUUCUCGGAGCGUCUUAAGCCCGGGCCUCCGGCCUCCGUCUCUGAGGGUCCUUGGGGGGGCGGGGAGCAGGUCUGAUGAGUAACCCCUCCCCCCAGGCCCCAGAGGAAGAAGCCUCUACGUCUGUCUGUCGGCCCCAGAGUUCCAUGGCCUCCGCUUCCCGCCGGCACCGCCGAGAGCGACGCUUCCGGCGGUACUUGUCUGCAGGGCGGCUGGUGCGAGCCCAGGCUCUCCUCCAGCGACAUCCCGGCCUUGAUGUGGACGCUGGGCAACCCCCGCCUCUCCACAGGGCCUGCGCCCGCCACGAUGCCCCUGCCCUGUGCCUGCUGCUGCGUCUCGGCGCUGACCCUGCCCACCAGGACCGCCAUGGCGACACGGCGCUGCACGCUGCUGCCCGCCAGGGCCCUGAUGCUUACACCGACUUCUUCCUGCCACUGCUGAGUCGCUGCCCGUCUGCCAUGGGGAUAAAGAAUAAGGAUGGGGAGACUCCUGGGCAGAUUCUGGGCUGGGGACCCCCCUGGGAUUCUGCUGAAGAGGAAGAAGAUGAGGAGGUUUCCAAGGAGCGGGAAUGGCAGCAGAAGCUACAAGGCGAGCUGGAGGAUGAGUGGCAGGAGGUCAUCGGGAGGUUUGAAGAUGAUACCUCCCGGGACACGCAGGAGCCUGAGUCCUUCUCAGCCUGGUCAGAGCGCCUGGCUCGGGAGCAUGCCCAGAAGCAGCGGCAGCAGCUGGAGGCAGAGGGAUCCUGCAGACCCCCAAGGGCUGAGGGCUCCAGUCACAGCUGGCGACAGCACGAGGAGGAACAGCGGCUUUUCCGAGAGCGAGCCCGAGCCAAGGAGAAGGAACUGUGUGAGAGCCGAGCCAGGAGGGCUCAAGAGGCUCAACGGGACAAAGGGCCAGAGCCUCCCAGGGCUGGGCCCAGGGCAGAACACCCACGAGGGGCAGGGAGGGGCAGCCUCUGGCGCUUUGGUGAUGUGCCCUGGCCCUGCCCUGGUGGAGGGGACCCAGAGGCCAUGGCUGCAGCCUUGGUGGCCAGGGGCCCCCCUCUGGAGGAACAGGGGGCUCUGAAGAGGUACUUGAGAGUCCAACAGGUCCGAUGGCAUCCUGACCGCUUCCUGCAGCGAUUCCGAAGCCAGAUUGAGACCUGGGAGCUGGGCCGAGUGAUGGGAGCCGUGACAGCCCUUUCUCAGGCCCUGAACCGCCAUGCAGAAGCCCUCAAGUGACCCUAGGGAAUAAGCUAGAACCUGUGGGGACGUAGCCUCAAGAAUAGACAGAAGGAAGCAAGGACAUGGAUGGGGAUGGACAAGAAGAGGCAGCUGCCGCACAAAGAGGAGAGGAUAUGGGGCGGCUAACGUAAUGGGUGCGGGGGAGGGGGAGGCUCUACUACUGCUCUGGACUGCCAUUUCCUAAUAAGACUUGGUUCCACACCUC